GCGCGUGUGCGGCGGGCGCGGGGGGCGGGCGCUCGGCCGCGCGUCCCCGGCUGCCGGCGGCCGAUGCGCUUCCUGCGCUGAGCGCUGAGCGCUGCGCGGGCCCAGCCGGCAGGAUGACGGUGGAGUUCGAGGAGUGCAUCAAGGACUCGCCCCGGUUCCGGGCAACCAUUGAUGAAGUGGAAACAGAUGUGGUGGAGAUAGAGGCAAAGCUUGACAAGCUGGUAAAGCUAUGCAGCGGGAUGAUAGAAGCAGGCAAAGCCUACAUCACCACGAACAAGCACUUUGUCAGCGGAGUCCGGGACUUGUCACAGCAGUGCAAGAAGGAUGAAAUGAUUUCGGAGUGCCUCGACAAAUUUGGAGACAGCCUGCAGGAAAUGAUUAACUAUCAUAUGAUCCUGUUUGACCAGGCUCAGAGGUCAGUCCGGCAGCAGCUGCACAAUUUCGUGAAAGAUGAUGUCCGGAAAUUCAAGGAAACCAAGAAGCAGUUUGACAAGGUGCGAGAAGACAUGGAGAUUUCACUAGUGAAGAACGCCCAGGCACCUCGGCACAAGCCCCAUGAAGUGGAAGAGGCCACAGGCACCUUGACCAUAACAAGAAAGUGUUUCCGUCACCUGGCCCUGGACUAUGUGUUGCAGAUCAAUGUCCUCCAGGCCAAGAAGAAGUUUGAAAUACUGGAUGCGAUGCUGUCCUUCAUGCACGCCCAGUACGCCUUUUUCCAGCAGGGCUACAGUCUUCUCCACGAACUGGAUCCCUACAUGAAGAAACUAGCCACAGAGCUGGACCAGCUGGUGAUUGAUUCGGCAGUGGAGAAGAGGGAGAUGGAGCACAAGCAUGCACUGAUACAGCAGAGGACCCUCCUACAGGACUUCUCCUGUGAUGACUCAAAGGUGGAGUUUAAUGUAGAUGCCCCAAAUGGAGUGGUGAUGGAAGGCUACCUCUUCAAGAGAGCUAGCAAUGCCUUCAAAACAUGGAAUCGGAGGUGGUUCUCCAUCCAGAACAGUCAGCUGGUGUACCAGAAAAAGCUAAAGGAUGCCCUCACGGUAGUGGUGGAGGACCUGCGGCUCUGUACUGUCAAGCCGUGUGAAGACAUAGAGAGGAGGUUUUGCUUUGAGGUCGUCUCACCUACCAAGAGCUGCAUGCUGCAGGCUGACUCGGAGAAGCUGCGUCAGGCCUGGAUUCAGGCUGUUCAAGCUAGCAUUGCUUCUGCAUACCGGGAGAGUCCUGACAGCUACUAUAUUGAAAGACUGGACCGGACUGCUUCCCCAUCAACUAGCAGCAUCGAUUCUGCUACUGACUCCCGGGAGCGCAGUGUGAAAGGAGAGACCAUCUUGCAGAGAGUGCAGAGCAUCCCUGGGAAUGACCAGUGCUGUGACUGUGGUCAGCCGGAUCCUCGCUGGGCCAGUAUCAACCUGGGCAUUCUGCUGUGCAUUGAGUGCUCCGGUAUUCACAGGAGCCUGGGUGUUCACUGCUCCAAGGUCCGAUCUCUCACACUGGACUCCUGGGAGCCAGAGUUACUGAAACUGAUGUGCGAGCUGGGGAACAGUACCAUGAAUCAGAUCUAUGAGGCGCAGUGUGAAGAGCUGGGACUUAAGAAACCAACAGCAGGGAGCUCCAGGCAGGACAAGGAAGCCUGGAUCAAAGUGAAGUAUGUGGAGAAGAAAUUCCUGAAGAAGCUGCCGAAUGGGGAGGCUCUAACAGAGAACGAGCGGAAACCUCGACGCUGGUGCGUGAAGAAGUGCCAGAGACACAACAGCACCACGAAAGCACCCACGGCUCGGAGGAAGUACCGCCACGAAGCAGGCAACGCGUCACCAGCCAUGUUGUCAUCAGCAGCUACGCUGGAGAGGAAGUUCCGUCGAGAUUCCCUCUUCUGCCCUGACGAGCUGGACUCUCUCUUCUCCUACUUCGACACCGGGGCUGGCUCUGGCCCACGCAGUGCCAGCCACAUCUCUAUGCAGCAUCCGCUAACAGGUGGCCCAUGGAGUGGCAGUGGCAUUGGUCCCGGUGGGAGCGGUAUGCCGUUCCUCCUGGACGGAGGUCUGAGCAGUGACAGCGGGCUCGGAGGCAGCACGGACGGCAGCACUGAUAUCCUGGUGUUUGGCUCUGUGGUGGACAGCGUGACAGAGGAAGAGUGUGAGGUGUCGGAGGAGUCAAGCGGUGAAGCGGAGAUCGAACAGGAGGCAUCGGAUCUGGAGGACCUGAGGGAGCUGCAUCCUGGCUUGUUGAUGUACAAGGCAGCGCAUGCCCGAAACCUGCCUCUCAUGGCAGAAGCGCUCGCACAUGGUGCUGAGAUCAACUGGGUGAAUGAUGAAGAUGAGAACAAAACUCCUCUGAUUCAAGCUGUGAUGGGGGGCUCCUUGAUAACCUGUGAAUUCCUGCUGCAGAAUGGGGCAGAUGUUAACCAAAGAGACAGCCGAGGCCGAGCUCCCUUGCAUCAUGCCACGUACCUGGGCCAUACCGGUCAGGUCUGCUUGUUCCUGAAGCGAGGGGCGAAUCAGCAUGCGGUGGAUGGCGACGGGCACGACCCGCUCAGCAUCGCGGUCCAGGCGGCCAACGCAGACAUCGUUACCCUGCUGCGUCUGGCUCGGAUGAACGAGGAGAUGCGAGAAGCAGAAGGUCCCUUUGGACAACCAGGUCAAUAUCCCAGCAACAGCCCUACCGAGCUGCAGUACAGAAAGUGUAUACAGGAGUUCAUCAGCCUUAAUAUAGAUGAGUGUUAGUGACAACUCCCCCACGUCUCCUUUGCUGUCUUGAAUUUGGGCUGAAUUUCUAGAAGCCCCGAGAGCCCCGUCCUUGGUAUAUUGGUGUUUCUUGCAGAUUGGUCUGUUUUGGAUGCCUGCACGUAUAGGUUGAGAUGCACGCAGGAAGGAAAAGGGGUCUUUCCUGUUAGCGUUUCUCAUGCUUGACUACUGGAUGGUUGAUUUGGUGUAGGAGAUUCCUAGGGCAUAACUACAGACCAUGGCGUAUGGACUUGAGUGUGUGGAAAGUAUGGGAGAUGAGUUUAGCAUUUAAAAAAAAAAAAAAAAAAGAAAAGAAAAAAAAAAAAAAAGAGAAGAAAAGGAAACCCUCUAUCACCAGGAGAAACCCACCAACGAUACGAUCAGACGAACCUGUCUCUGCUUCAGUGUAGGUCCCACGCACUGAGUCCUCGUCUGGACAGUUUGGUUGGAAGGGAUUCUGACGUGGAGCCCUCUGUCCUGGCAGUGUGACCAGCAGCCUGCUCGCUCGCGGGAUUGCUGCAGCAUCUGGGAGCUGCUGGGGCACGUUUAGAGAACUAAAAGAUGACCUCAAAGUCAGGAACAGGCUGUUUUGUGGGGCAGAGAGGUUUUGCUCCAGACGUCACGACGGAAGGGGUAGGAUCGAGAGCGAUGGCUACUCACCUUAAUUGCUCUCAGGACUAUACCAGCCACGCUCCCCCUUGUUUGCCCUUGGUGGUUAGCUGGUCAAAGCCAUAGCUCGCCUGCUUCCUGGGCCAAGAUGCGAUCUGCAUGGCAUUAUGGAAGCAGCAGUGCUAAUUUUUUGAGGCUGGGAGAAGCUUGUCGCUGGCGACGGGCUUUGUGUCAGGGAAGAAAAGCCACGUCCAACUCCCACUGCCUGAAUGGCUGGCUGCACGAUGCGAUUUGACCCUGGUUCGGUUUGUUUCCUGGUCACUUCAGAUUUCUGACUUAGCACCUGUGUGAAGGAGACUUCUACUUGCAUGUGUAUCCCUCUGUGCUCUCCCCCCGCACGCUGAAGCAUGUGAGUAGGGCAUCUCCGUAGCUGGCCCAGGGGCUUUUGAGUUCUCCAAUUCCAAUGACCGGCAGAAUCUUCUUUUUUUUUGUUUCUUUCCUUCUUCUUGUAUUCUUUGCUGGAGUAGGGGAAUGUGUUUCUACUUGGAGCACUUUGUUGCUGUGUUUAUACGGUCUCUUCUGGGCAUCGUGCUACAGCAGCUCUGCGGGGAUGCUGCAGCCACGUCAUCCCGUCUCAGGAGGGCUUACAGAGCAUGUGUACCACUGGCAGGUUGUCCUCUGGCUGGGAGUUUGGAUGCCAAGCUGAGGGGAGCUCCUCUAAGAGCCUCUGCAAAGUUCCCUCAGCUGCAGCUGACAUCAGAGUUUGUCGGGACUCGUGGCUGGCAGUCCACGUAUUUAACCCGCCUGGGCGCCUCGGCUGCUGGCUCCGAGGCUGGGCCAUAGUGCCUUACGGGUCCUGCUGGGAUCUCGAGGGGAUCCAGAUCUCACAAGGAACGCAAGAACACCAGGCAGAGUUCCCCAUCCUCCUGUGUUACAUCAGCAGUGAGACACGGUCGCGUUAUUUUUCGUCCAACCCACAUGUGAUUUCUACACCUUUCUUUGUGUGCUGGCUGCUGUCGUGCUGCAGCCCAUCCAAGGUCAAACCUUUGCAGGUUUGUUCCUGCUGACACAAUUGUGACACAACUCAGAUGCUGGAGCAGCAGCAAUCCAGCUCUUCCCUCGGGAUACUGCCCUCAGGGACUGAACCAACAGCUCGUGGUCCACCCACGCAGUGAAAAGUGGAACGAUAAAGAAACUCCACUUGGUCUCUGGUAGGGUGUCCUGUCAGGACAAGGGAGAGUCCCUGCUUCCUUAGGAAAGUGCUGUCCCAAGUUUUGCUGCAGCCAGACCACAGUUUUUCUGUCUGUGCGGUCUGGGUCUUGAAGUCCAUCUUUAUCUUGUUGUUUAUUCAUUCUUGUUCCCUCUGGAGCUUUGGGAUGCACGGUACCAAGUGCCAAGUUCUGAUCUCAGUCUGUUGCAGAUCCCAAAUGGUCCUAGUGACUGUGCUGAAACCGCUGCGUGUCGACAGCAGCACAAAAGCUGCCCCCAGACCUGUCACGCUUCCUUAAGUAACUGACUAUCUCCUUCCACCAAUCAUGGAAAAUAAAAAUUAACGAGCUUGGCUCCAUCAGCCUUUUUAUCAUUGGUGAUGCCUUUUGUGGUGUUCUCCAUCACCCUGCUCUCUGUCCUGGGAGCCCAGUGCUGUACACAGAGCGUGCUGCUGCUGCUGCUGCUGCUGCUGCUGCUGCUGCUGCUGCUGCUGCUGCUGUGCCAGGACGAUGUGACUCCUGGCUUGUGUGAACCUGCCAGUUCACCGCACGCAGAGGGGCUGGAGCGGGACAUGCGUUCUCCCUUCUGAGCCCUCCGGUGCCUGUAGUCUACUACUACCCUGUAGUCUUUGAGCGGGCACUACUCCCUCUCAACUCUGCUCGGAGCAGAAGCUGUAGGACGUGCCCUCAGCAGUGGGCAGGUUGCUUGGUUUGUUCGUGCCCUGUUCAGCUCUGGCGCCCUCGAGAGCGAUUCCAGACUGCCUGUGGGAUGAAGCGCUGUGACCUACAAUGUCAUUGUCACUGCUGUUGGGUUUCAGAGGAAUGCCAGGAUGUGUAUUAGUUCCGAGGACAGUUUCAUCCUGCGUAGGGCCCAUGUUCUGAUUGUAGCUCCCUCGUACAACUCCGGAAUCACGUCCCUGAAAGUGAUACCGGGUGCUGGCAGAUGUGCGUAGCUGUGGCUGCAGUGCUGCUACACGGUCUCCUUCAGCUUACGUUUAAUAUACCAUAGGUUAAAUAUCUCUUCCCGAUACCUGUGUGAAGGUACAGCUGGCAUUGCUGCCCACUCGCUGUUUCUUGUGCAGGAUUACAGAAGGUUACCACUUGAUGUUCUCAUGGAGCUUCAUCUUUUGGUCCUUUGUGCUGGAGUUCGUCUUCUUUCUGGUUCAGGUCACCCUAAAUUUAAAUGGGCUUCCCCAGUGAGCAGGGUGGUGCCUUCAUUUGUGCGUUGCUGCCCCAUUUAGCACCCCUGCCUUGUCGUCAGUUGAGCCCGCUUACUCUGGUGGCAGCGUUGCUGUCGGUCUGAGUGGGCUCAGGAGUAAAUCUGUAGUCUUAUACAUGCCCUGUGUGAAAUGCCCCGCAGACCCCCAUGCUCCGUGCAGAGCUCAGGCGGUGCUGGGUGCUGCUGGCCGGUGCAAGGAGCGGUGGUGCUGAGCCUGCCAGCGGCACAGCAAAGCCCUCCAGCACGUCUUUGACUUCGGUGAGGCUGUGCCAUGCUUGGAUCAUGCCCAUCGCCCUGCGGCAUCCAGACCAGCGCUUGGAGUGCUCAGUACAGGAACCAGUAUUCAGCCAAGAACUCUGCUCCCCGGGUUAGGAACGGAACCUCGGUAACGAGUUCUCUUUGAUAAUCCUGUCCCCUUUUGUACUCAUCUGCACUGAUUUAGACACUUGUCAGUGCUGACAUCCCCUCGAGCUGUGCCCUCCCCCAGCAAAAGGCCACACUGAAUCGGAGCUGGCAUCUUUCGGGGUGCUGCAGAGGUCCUGAAAGCAAAAUAGAUCUUUCACCACUGCCACGGUCCUAUUCUGUUAACGAAUCCCAGCACCAUCAUUGCCUAGCGAGGUUUUUCACAUGUACCUUCAAGCACCCCAACUGGUUUUCCAGCUUUUUAUGAGGAGUUAGAAAUAGGACCGACCUUUUCUGUAAGCCAGUGAGAACUAGAGACAUGGCUUCCACUUUGGGUCAUUUUAUUUCACCGUCAGCAUUAGCGGCUCAUGACGACAAUAAAAAAAAUCGUGUACAGUUAUGUCCGUUGAAGCUCAGACUCACUGCUGAAGUACAUGAAGUUCAAGCAUAUGUAAAUACUGAAGCAAAAAGCAGUGUCUUGCAAGACAAUUUAUCUAUUUAACAUGUAUUGGUACUUUAUUUAGAUUCAAUGUAUAAAGCAACUUUGUGCACUUUUCCUACAUACAGUAUUGGGGGGGUUUAUGUUCUUUUGUUAUGGGUUUUGUGCUGUCUUUUUUAAUCAGUGAAAUUGUUAAGUAUUUAAUUUAUUAUUGAUGUGCCCAGAGGACUAGUGCAAUUUUUAUUCAAUACAGUUUGUCUGUAUUUAAUGUCAGGAUUUUUUUUGUAGCAUUGUUAGGGAAUAUUUUUCAAAACCUGCCUUUUUCCCCCCCCAUGAUUUUCCUUUCUUCCCCACCCCCACCCCCCCUUUUUCUAUUCUCAUUAUACAGAUCAUGAGGCAUUAAAUGCCUCUGGUUUGAAAUAUAAUCAAACACUUUACUACAUCCUGCAGUUUCUAAAACAAUAAGGUUCUCCAGGAAAAAAAAUGCUAAGGAGGCACUUCUCACUGUUUUCUGUGUUUAUUUGAUUUAUUUGCUUGGGGUGUACGUGUGUGUGUGUGUGCGCUUAGAGGUUUGGAAGGAAGAGUGGGGAACUUGUACGGAAAAUUUGGUUUUGGCGAAGUAAAUAGCCAACCAGGCUCCAGGGAGGACUCAAUAUUGAACUCUUUCUUUUUUUUUUCCUUCUUCAAAUACAGCUGUAUUUGUGUUGUACAAUCUUGUUUGAAAUAUCUGAUGCCAAAACUACUCUCUUUUCGUUCUUCUUUUCCAAGAGUGUGUAUGUUACCUAUACGAUGGUAACUUGGUUUGCAACCACAGUUAACAUGAGGAGAUUUGCCUUUGUCUAGAAAGCAACAUGCCAGGCAUUGCCACAACACAAACGGAGCCAAACCAUUGCCUCAGCCACGCAGAUUCUGUCAUCUUUUGAGUUUUUGAGAUCCGGGUGAAUAUUUCUAUACUUGUCCUAGCUUUUGUUUGACUUGACCCAAACCCUCUAACCAAGUGCCUGGACAGGCAGUCUAGGUUUGAACCUCUGAUUCCAAAUGGGAUGAGUUCAGGUUGCUGGCAAGUUGAUCUGCCACCCUCUGUGUUCGCUCUCCACGUGUCAUCCAGGGAAGCCUCAGGUUAUUUUAGUACUGUUGUCGCUGAGAUAGUCUCUGCAAUGUGGAAUUUCUUUGAGCAGUCUAGAAGAAAGACGUGGAACUGGAAGAGUUUAUGUCUUUAACGAAAAAGAUUUGACAAGCUGAGACUGAUCAGUGCGACGUAGAUCAGUAACCUCUCAGACCAGCAAAAAUGGCCAUUAUUUAUGCAAAAGAAACCCAGGACCUCCUAACGAAAUGCACUGAUUAACUCGCUGUCCAAUGGCCACAACACAGCUGGUGGCCACGGCUGAACGGCUGGGUUGUCCCUGCGCUGCUCGACCGUCCCUCAGCCCACUUCUCUCUCCUCACUGCCCGAGCAUUCUUGCUUUCAACCAAAGACAAACCAGGAUGAACGGAUUAAAUGUGAUAUGGAACCGUUGGUUAGCAGAUGACAGAUGCCUGCGUGAGUGUGCAUGUGAGUGAGGUGCUGUUAUAUGGAGGAGGGGGCGUGGGGAAGGCGUGACUGAGCAGAAGGGAGAGUGGGAGUUCUGAUGAAACAAGAUUUUUUUGAUUAUUUUUUUUUUUUUUUAGAUUCCAAAAUACAGAGUGCUGUUUCCAUAGGAAUGUGAUUCAUAUCAGUCUGCCUGCUGGUUCCUCAGCCUUGUAGGGAAUUUGGGCUGGGGUCCGUCCCUUGUGAGCUGUAUGCCCAGCGCUGGGUUAGUGGGAAGACGGGGCAGCUGAGUGGUUACGGGAAGGGAAUGAGGGACGGAGGUGGGUGUAGUAGCCAAGAGAGUUUCCAAGGCACGAGGAGGACCAGGUGUGGUUCUAGUGCAGCAGCCGAGAUGGUUAGAGCCGCUAGCUGACGUAGGAGUGUUUGCUCCACAAACACAUCUCGGCACUUGGCCCCUUACUCGCGGUGAGGACCACGAGGGAGCACCUUGGUAUGUCCCCGUGCUCCGACAGGUGACGUUUUGGGAGCAGCCAGGUGGUUGCCUUCAGGUUGCCAACAGAUCUGUAGAGAUGUCUCUGUUGACUUCCACCCAUCAUGUCCCUCCAGCAGCACACGAAUGUCUGCGUGGGUUCCCCGGGGCCGGGAGACCUGCUGGAUCACAGGAAUCGAGUAAGCCUUUCCGCAGGGGUACGCGGGCUGGCAGCCUGGAGCGAAAACCUUGGGGGUGACCCCCAGCCAACUCUUCCUGGCUCAGGCUCCCGCACCUUCCUAUCGAAACAGCACGAGAAAGCAGUUCUUUAGCCAAGUCAAAGCUGCGGUGUGGUUAAUUAAUAUUAACCCGUCACACGCUGGAUGGCUGGGCUGCUGCGCCAGGGGCUGACACUUGCUGUAAAUACGCUAUAACCUAUUAACCUCCUUCACUUGCCUGCUUUCAGUACAACUUUGUAACAUGUUUUUUAAUUCCCCCUUUCCCUACACAGCCUGUACUGACUGUAACUAUGGAACCAGAUAUUCUGUAUGUUAUUAUCUUUGUACAAUUUUAAAACCUGUUGCUGUGGUGUCUGCCUUUUUUCCCCCCUCCCUUCUCUUCUAUUGUCUCUUGAAACACUGUUAAUAAAAAUCUAGAUAAACUCCCUCCCUCCUCCUCCUUUGGCUUGAUUUAUUUACGUAGGAUGCCUUCCCUUGUUGCUUGUAUUAACUGGAUCUAGAAAACCAUUCCUUCUUAACCCCCUUCCUUCUUUUCUGCAACCCACAGCUUGAGUUUUAUGGCAGUGAAUGGACUGGAAUGCCACGUAAAUACUCUGCAUUUCUGCUUGGGUUUCUGCGAUGGUGUGAUUUGAGGGUGCUUUGGAAUAAGGUUGGGGUGAAGGUGACAGGCUCACAUCACACACACACACACACCCGCCCCGACCCACCCGUUCACUUUUCUUCAGGGUACCUGGAUCAGUUCGUGCUUGGUGUGUUAUGGGCUCUUUAAAAGGAGACCCUGCACCAGGUGAAAAUAUGGGUCCUCUGUGCAUGGACCACCGUGUCCCACACACCAGGGUGCACCUUCCCUGCUGGCUUCUCUCAU